AUGGAACUUGCCUUGUCCCGUUCACCAUUGGAAUUCCAGUUUCUCACCCAGAAAGGUCACGUCCAAGAAGAAAACAAAUUGUGAGUACUAUUUGUUUGAUUUUUGAGGUUUUAGCUAAACUACCUUUCUGGUCAAUUCCUGAUGUCAAAAGGGAGCGUAUUAGGUAACUUUGACGUUUCAAAAUGUUUUACUUGCCAUGUGCAAUAUAACUUUUGGUCGAAAAAACUUCUUCAAGUCCACAUUUCCGUUGAAAACAACAAUGAAUCAAGCCCCAAGCACAGACACGUAUAGUUUCCUCACGAUUUUUGGCAAAUGGCGCUUGACUAUACCUUGUUUUAGGCUGUUUCGGCUAAAACAAGAUCUAUAUCGUUUGCCAAGUUUUAAGGCCAUAAUCAAUUUUUUUAUUAUUAUGUGAUAAAUCUUGAUCUUUCGCUAUUUUAUUAAAUACCAUGAAAUUUACUGCGCUUUUCAACGCCAAUCAAUACAAAAAAUUUUUCCCAGUCAAAUAGUUUGACUGAAUGUCAGUCAGUUUUUUUGGCUGAGCCAAGAAAUUUUGGCUGAACUUCAGCCAAGAAGUCUUCGAUUUCUUGGCUGAGUUGCCAGCCAAUUUCUUUUUGACUGAACAGAAACAUUUUGUCUACUGUUCAGACAGAAAUCUUUGAUUUCUUGUCUGAGUUACAGGCAAGAAUUUGCUGUCUGAAAUUCAGACAACAAUUUUUGAUUUCUUGGCUGGUUUACAGUCAAAAAUAAGCAAGCAGUCAAGAAACGAAACAUUGCUGUCUGAAUUUCAGUCAAGAAUAUCAAAUUCUUGGCUGGAGGCCCUACAGCCAAGAAAUCGGGGGUUUUUGCCAGUCAAGACGAAAAAUUUUAAAUCGCACCACCCCUAUAUGUCGCUCUACAGCACUGUUCAAUUGUAACCCUUUCAGGUCAAUGUUCCAAGCAGAUAAUACCGGCUUCGCAAAGAAGGAGCAACUAACCCCAGUUGUCAGCAUCUACAGCAAUAGACUAAUUGUCGCAAACACUGUCGAAAACAAUUUCACUGCCAUGAAAAGCAUCUGGGAGAAAGGGAAUACGGGCAAAACAGUGAGGUAAGUUUUGAAAAGCGUUUUUUCAGUUUUAUGUAAAUUUGUUUUUUGUCUGCAAUUUUUCAUACUUAAAUAUCAUUUCAGAGCCUCCAUUACAACGGUACCUCAACAGAAACGCCCUACGACCUCACAUGCAACAUUUAGCCCUUUUAUUUGGGGCAAGAACUAA